UCAAAAGCUAAGAACAGCCAUGGCAGCCAAGCUCAACCCCAUCCCUCUCCUCACUCCUCACAAAAUGGGCAACUUCACCCUCUCCCACAGGAUCGUGUUGCCGCCACUGACGAGAAGCCGGUCCUACCACAAUGUCCCUCAACCCCAUGCCGCCCUUUACUACUCCCAGCGCACCACCCCCGGUGGCCUUCUCAUUGCCGAAGCCACAGGCAUUUCCAACACAGCCCAAGGGUAUCCAGAAACGCCUGGUAUUUGGACCAGAGAGCAAGUGGAAGCUUGGAAACCAAUCGUGGAUGCUGUUCAUGAUAAGGGUGGAGUUUUCUUUUGCCAGAUUUGGCAUGUCGGUCGUGUUUCCAGCUAUAGUUAUCAGCCGAAUGGUGAAGCUCCGAUCUCAAGUACGGACAAGGGGGUGACCCCCGGACUCGAUGGAGGGGACUGGUCCCCUCCCCGUCAUCUCCGAGCCGACGAAAUCCCUCACAUCGUCAACGACUUCAGGCUAGCUGCCCGUAAUGCGAUUGAAGCCGGAUUUGACGGAGUGGAAAUUCACGGAGCGAAUGGCUACUUGAUAGACCAGUUCAUGAAAGACCAAGUGAACGAUAGGACCGACGAGUACGGUGGGAGCCUGGAGAAGCGGUGUCGCUUCGCAUUAGAAGUGGUGGAAACAGUGGUAAACGAGAUCGGAGCCGACAGAGUCGGGAUGAGGCUAUCCCCGUUUGCCGAUUACAUGGAGACAGAGGAUUCCAACCCGGAAGCGCUGGGACCCUACAUGGCGGAUGCACUCCACAAACAUGGAUUAGUUUACCUGCACGUGAUUGAGCCGAGGAUGGUCCGAAUAGGGGACAAGCUAGAGACUCCACACAGCCUUCUCCCCAUGAGGAAGGCCUUCAAGGGCACGUUCAUCGCGGCGGGAGGGUACAGAAGAGACGAAGGGAACAAGGCCAUCGAGGAAGGCUAUGCAGACCUGAUAGCAUUCGGCCGCCUGUUCCUGGCAAACCCGGAUUUGCCGAGGCGGUUCGAGCUGAAUGCACCGCUCAACAAGUACGACAGGAACACCUUCUACAUCCCGGAUCCGGUGGUCGGGUACACCGAUUACCCAUUCCUGGAUGUCCCUGCAUGAAUUCCAACAUCCAUCCACCGAUCUGGGCUCUGUAUUUGCAUUGAAUGAACUCGGUUGAUGUACUACUUACACAACCCCCUCGUUAUCGUUUGGUGUCAUCCACCCAUCUAA